AUGCCUGACCCAUCCGUUCCCCAAACCUACGAGAUCAGACCUGAUCCUCAAGCCCUUACUGGCAACAAGGAAGACCCUAGCCAAAAUGCAUCCACUGGUGUCGACUACGAACCUCAUCCUGAGAAGAGUAUCAAGCUCGAGCCGGAAAGAGAAAAGAUUGUGAAGUCGAUUUGUUCGCUUUACUCUGGUGGUGCAAGUGAGGAGCUUAUGCAGGUGUACUCGGACAAAGCAGUUUACGAUGAUCCAUGGUCAUACUGCGACACCCGCUACAAGAUCGCCGGCCAAUGGUACGGCAUUCCCAAAGUAAUGGCCAAGUCACAAACCCUCAAGACCGAAGUCGUUGAGUCGAAACCCGAUCGCAUCAUCUUCAAGCUCCAGCAAGAAUAUACUCCCAGACUUGUCCACUUCUCGAAGCCAGUAAACAGUCUGGUCACAUUGACCUUGGAUGACCAAGGCAAGGUCAAGUAUCACAAGGAUAUGUGGAACGAGAAGGACUAUUCGCAUGAAGGCUUGGGCAAGGUCAUGAAGACUUUGAAUGGUGAUCAUCUGACCAAGAUCACCGAACCGCCAGAGACUUUGUAG